GAUCUUUCGGGUUACACAGGGGUUCGCGUGGAAUGGCUCAAAGCGAGGGCGAGAGCACAGCGUUGGGAAGAGGAGGUGCGUUUGCUUAGAGUCGAGAUGGAGCGCACCCUUGUGACGUUCUCGCACAUGUCGACGUGGUGGGAGGGGCGGACGGAGCGGACGGAGGCCUUGGCGGGAGAGAAUCAGGACCCAGAGGUUUCCGUCGAACAGGAACUAAAGGAGGGUUUGCUUGCCUACGCGGGCGAGCAUGCAGACAUGUACCUUGGCCUGCGGGAGGCAUUUGAGGAGAGGUGGAUGGUUGUGCGCCAGGCGGCGCUGCUUUUCCUCGCACGCAAGUCCAUUCUGGACGAGGCAUGA